UGGCGGGUUAUUGGGGAACUGGGAUAUGAUUAUAGAGUGGAAAUGACAGGGGAGACCGAUAUCGACAUUCCCGAAAAAGGAGCCAUCUUCACUUUUGGAAAGAGCAAUUUUGCUGAUAAUGUUCAAAGUAAAUUCUGGCUGAAAAACGACCAUGCUGUGAAAAUAGCUUGUGGGGAAGAACACACUGCUGUCAUCACAGAUAAAGGAAGACUGUUAAUGUUGGGUUGUAAUGAGUGGGGCCAACUCGGACUGGGACAGCAGAGAGCUGCUUUCACACCUACCUUUGUUAAAGCUUCCAAGUCCGAGAGGGUGAAGCUUGUAGCGUGUGGAAGGGAUCACACCAUCAUCUGUACCUGGUGUGGGAGUGUGUACGUCACAGGACGCAACCAGAAGGGCCAACUGGGCCUGGGUCACCGUGACGACACCACACUCUUUCAGCUGAUGCCGCCGUUCUGUGACCACGCACCUAUCAAGAUGCUUUCUGCAGGCUGUAGCACCUCUGCCGCCUUGACAGAGGACGGUAGGGUGUUUGUGUGGGGGGACAACUCACUGGGCCAAAUUGGUUUGGGGGGGGAGCGCUUCGCCCUGGAGCCCAGUGAACUCUCUGUGGGGCCACCGGUGACAUGGGUGUCCUGUGGCGGCCACCACUCUGCCUUAGUCACAGCCAAUGGAGAUCUGUACACAUUCGGUGAGAGUGCCAACGGAAGACUGGGUCUUUACCCGGAGCAACUGACCAAUCACAGAGAGCCACAGCGGGUGCUGGCCAUUCCAGAGCCGGUCAUUCAGGUGUCCUGCGGAGGAGAACACACCGUGGUCCUUGCUGAGGAGGAGGUGUACACGUUUGGCCGAGGUCAGUACGGCCAGCUGGGCCAGGGAACCUUCCUGUUUGCCGCGGAUUUGCCCAAAGUGCUGCAGCUCUUCCACCACGGCGGCGUCUGCCAGGUCACAUGUGGACAGGCCCACACGGCUGUCAUCACCAACAAUGGGCUGCUUUACACGUUCGGCGAUGGUCGCCAUGGGCGACUGGGGUUAGGGGAGGAAGACUUCAUUAACCAGUUCCAUCCCACUCUCUGCACGCGCUUCCUUCAGUUCAGCGUUCACCAAGUGACCUGCGGUGGUAAUCACAUGCUGGUGCUUGCGACAACUAGACCUCCAGAUUGUGAGGUAGUGGAGAUGGCCAAGGAGGCUGGCGUUGGUGAUUAUCACUUGGAGCUGAAUUACAAGGAAUUACUCCUGCAGGAUCUUGAUCUUCCUAUCUUCUCUCGCUCGGCCCGUGCUCGUCGCAGAGGCAGGAUUGCAGCCAAGAAGCCACAUUAUCUUAGAUUAACGCGACCCAACACCGACCUUCCUGGCAGGCAGAGCCCGCCGCCCAGCCCGGCCAAGAUCCCCCGCCGCCACAAACAAUCAGCGACAGACUACAUCAACACCCGCCAAACGGAGGAAGAGAACCGCUGUGAAAAGCCGAAGGGGAGACCCCUGAGGAGAGCUGUAAAAGCAGCAACAGUCGAGACGAAGGAACAAGCUCAGUCGAAGAGCAGACAUCUGAAAUCCGGCAAGGCCUUAUCCACAGAGCUCACGCGAGCGUCCAGCUCUCAAUCUCUAAAGGGGGAGGCCUCACCGCAGAACCUCAAGGAGGGGGUCUCUAAGAGCAAGCAGACGCUGAUCAGACACGUUGCACCUGCCGAAAACCAAACCAAAACCGACACACAAGGUCCAAAUGCGCUGACUGUUUCUAUAGGAGAUACUUCCAUGCGAGAAGAAACCGGGACCCUAGUUAAAGACGUUGACAGAGUAGCAGGUUUCCAAAAUAAGUUGACAAGAAAGCAGCAACAAGCGACCAAAGUAAACAAAAGUGGCGAGGAAAAUGUAAAUUCUGAUGCUCCCAUUAAUCAAAAGUCUGCCAGCAAAGUCCUGGUUGAAGAUACGCAAGAGCCAACAAUCUUGCCCAAACAGGAAGAACCAGACGCAUCUCUGGUCAAUGUGAAAAGUCAACCUGUUGACAAAAUGUCCACCGAUGAUAAGGUCACAAGCCAAGGAGCCGAUUGGAAUAGGAGAACUCUCCAACCUCAAAGGCCAAGGUCUGGUAGAACUUUUGAUGGUAAAGAUGCAGAAGUCAAUAAUGCAUUCAGGGAAUCUUCCUGGAAUAAAUCAACUCCAGUCAAACAGAAGAGACUGAGGCAUACACCUAUCGAGGUUCAAAGCAGAGCCGUAGAGUUUAAACCUCCCCAAAACAAGCUCUCACCUUCGACACCUGUCAAAGUUCAGAGCGACCCUGUAGAGGUAAAACCUUCCCCGAAAGACCCAUGCACACCUGUUAAAGUUCCAAGUGGGAAACUCACCCCUGUGAAGGUCAAAGGCAAGACCCAUGACGAUUAUUCAAAGAAGUCUCCACUGAGGGUAAAAAACAAACCUACUGAACAUUCUGACAGACCUUCUACACAUCAGGCUAAAUCAAUAGACACCCCAGGCUCACAAGGCACCAAGGGAGCAGAGGUUACAUCAGUUUCCCCUCGGCAGCCUGAACCCACCGGGAAGGAUCUCCUACUUCCUGGGGAAGAUAGUAUUUUUGGCGAUACUCAACCGAGUUUGGGGCAAAAGGUUCUGAAUAAUGCAGCUGAUCUUCUUCCAGCAGUGGGCGUGGCAGGCGUGGCAGCGGGCCUCCUGGGAGCAGCUGUAACCAGCGUGAGCGCUUUCCAAUCGGACAGCGACACCGCCACCUCUCCGCCUUCCAGCAGCAGACCCGUUCGAGCGGAGAGCUUCAUAAAGCAAAGGGCCGUCGUCAAAGAGUCCCUUUCCUCCACACAUUCGUCUUUGAGAUCUGAUCCAAACUCAGCCGACGAACCGGAGGCCGAGGGAAUCAGAAACCAGGAAAAGGAAGAUGAUGGGAUUGUCGAAAAGGGUACAUUAGUUGAACAUCUAGGCGGUUCCAAGGCGGAAGAGAGGAGCGAGAGCAGCCCUUUUGAGUCAGAGGGUUCCCAACUCAAAGAAACAGAGGCUUCAGGUGGAGAGACGAGGGAAGAAACGGAGAACGUGGGGGAAGACCGUGAACGUGUCUGGGAGGGGGAGGAGGAGAGUUCAAGGGAAGAAGCAGAGAGCGACAGCAGCACAGAGGGAGACGAUGGUGACGAAGACGCCGAGAAGAAAAGGGAGGAGAGGGUUGCGGCGCAGGAGAGGAGCGAUACCGGGGGCAGUGUUGACAGUGAGGAAGAGGAUGGUGAGAGAAGUGGGGCGGAACAAAGCCGGGAAGGCGAUCAGAGUGGUGGCAGGAGCGACGACAAAGGUACAGACAUCAGCCCCGAAGAGGAGGAGGGAGAGGCGAAGGAGGGAGAACCACAAAGUACAAGAGGCAGCCGGGAGCCGGAUGGAGUGGGGCAGGGAGAGGAGCGGGAGGUGGAAGGGGAGAGGGGAUCAGAGUCGAGUGAGCGAGGGGAAGAAAGCAGUGUGAGUUUAGAAGAGGGAACUGAAACGGACUCAGGGGGCGAGGCAGAAAGCAAGAGUAAAAUCUCAGGGGAGGAAGAGGAAGACACAAGAGCAGGUGAUGAAGCUGGGUCUGAGACACCUCAGGGUGAAGACAGUGCAGGGGAGGAGAAUGAAGGGACGGUGGCAGGGAGUGGAGCUGAGGAAGAGGAAGGAGAAGGUCAGGGGUCAGUGGAACAGACGGAGGAGGAGGAGGAGAGCAGUGAAGUCAGAGCAGAGGAAUUCAACGAGGAGGAGGAACAGAACAUGAGUGUUGAGGAGGAGGAGCGAGAUGUGGAUGAAGAGGAGGCAGAUGCUGACGAGAGCGAGGAGCAUGAAGAGGAGGGUGAAGAAGAAGGAGAGAUUGGAUGGGUGAAGGGUGAAGAAGAUCAUAGUGGAGAUGAGGAGGAGGGGGUUGAGGAAGAAGAGGGAGAAGAGGAUAAAAAGGAGAAUGAUGAGGUAGAAGAAGGUGGAGAUGAUGAGGAAGAGGAAGGUGGAACGGUGGGUGAAAAGGAGGAGGAAGACGGAGAGCAGGCUGAAGAUAGUGCUGGUGAUGAAGAAGGGGGUGAAGAGGAGGAUGUAGAUCAGGAAGAAGAGGCCGGCGGUGAUGAAGGUGGUGCUGAAGAGGAGUAUGAAGAUCAGGGGGAAGAGGGUGUUGGUGAUGAAGAGGAGGGUGAAGAGGAGGAUGUAGAUCAGGAGGAAGAGGGUGGUGGUGAUGAAGAGGAGGAUGUAGUUCAGGAAGAAGAGGGUGGUGGUGAUGAAGAGGAGGAUGUAGAUCAGGAAGAAGAGGGUGGUGUUGAUGAAGAGGAGGAGGAGGAGGAGGUAGAUCAGGAGGAAGAGGAAAAGCAGACGAGUAAAGAAGAAGAAGAGGAAAUAGAAAAAAGCUUAGAGGAGGAGGAAGAGGAGGAAGAAGAAGAAGAGGAGGAAGGGGUAACUGCUAAAACAAUAGGAAAAGGUUUGGAGGAGGAGGAGGAAGAAGAGGAGGAGGAAGAAGGGUUCAAUUCUAAAACAAUAGAAAAGGGUUUAGAGGAGGAGGAGGGAGAGGAGGAGGAAGAAGAAGAAGAAGAAGAAGAUGAGGAGGAAGGGGUAAAUGCUGAAACAAUAGAAAAAGGUUUGGAGGAGGAGGAGGUAGAGGAGGAGAAGAAGGGUAACCCGCAGAGUAAGGGAGCCUCCAAAGCGAAGGACACUUCCGCAGAGGAGGAAGAGGAGGAGGAGGAAGAAGCUGAAGCACAAAGUGAAGAGGACGAAGAGGAAAUUGAAGAAGAGGAGCAGUUCUGGAACAACGUUCUGCCUAAGUACCUGGACCUGCAGUGAAACGGAUAGGCCCCGUGCUCCGGCACGGCAUCAGCAUUUGAGUCACGUCCCUACUUGCAUUGGACCAUUUCCUCCCAAGUUUGACAGCUCAUUUGUAGCGUCUGCAUGCUUUGUUGCCUGUUUGAACGUCCUUGACAUUGAAAGGGGUUGCUCCUCUGAACUGUUCGGGCUUGAAAGAGAUUGUGGAGCAUCAUACACUGUUUGGAUUUCGGGAAUAAUGUAUGUUGGUCAUAAAUAUAGCAACGUGAAUCACCUUUUGAAUCACGCAAACAUUAAUACAGUACAUUGGUGAUUGUUGGAAUGUAUCCAUUUUUCUGUACAUAGAAUGUAUCUAUUUAUGUAAAA